UAUUCUAGUAACUGUAUGUCUUCCGUUUCACAGUUAUAUCCAAAAGAUACAGAAGAUUAUAUCGAUUAUUUGAUAUCAAUAGGACGAUUGGAUGAAGCAGCAAUGAAACUAGCUUUCAUUGUGAACAAAGAAGAUUUUAUGUCAAAGCAUGGCAAGUCGAAUCAUCAGUUGUGGAGUGAAAUUUGUGAGCUAAUUUCAAAGAAUCCUGAUAAAGUAAGAUCUCUGAAUGUUGAUGCAAUUAUUCGGGGAGGACUCAGAAGAUACACAGAUCAAGUGGGUCAUCUAUGGAACUCGUUGGCAGAUUAUUACGUUUGCAGUGGUCUGUUCGAGAAGGCCCGAGACAUUUAUGAAGAAGCAAUUCAAACUGUGACCACAGUGAGAGAUUUCACUCAAGUGUUUGAUGCUUAUGCACAGUUUGAAGAAUUAAGUUUGAGUAAGAGAAUGGAGGAAGCGGCAGGGAAUUUGAAUCCGACGGAAGAAAAUGACAUUGACCUGGAAUUACGACUCGCUCGAUUUGAGCAUCUGAUGGAACGAAGGCUCCUGCUUCUGAACUCGGUCCUGCUACAACACAACCCACAUAACGUGCAAGAGUGGCACAAGAGGGUCUUACUGUAUGAAGGAAAACCCCAUGAGGGGACGUCAUCUUCAGCUGCAAGCAGUGCAACAAGUGAGCGCAGAAGGAGGUCUCCGUCCACGGUUCCUGUGGCCCGUGCGUCCUCUCCACAGACCCAGAGACCAUGUGGAAGUGAACUUGAUGUGUGCCCCCUCCAAGCAGUAAGAAGGAAGGUUGGCACCACCCCACAGGACAACAUUUUGCACUGAAUCAGAAUCCCCUGCAACUGGUGUAAUCAUCCUAGUAAUAUUUCUUGUGGAGCCAAAUUAUGAGAAUUCCCAUCAUCCUGUGCAGUGAUUCAGCCUAUGAUUCAGUUAGGGGGGAAGUAUUGUACAAUAUUCUGACAGAGUUUCGGAUUCCCAUGGAACU